AGUGAAAGUUAUCCACUUCAUUCAGUACCAUCUUAUCUCUCCACUUAACAACUACACUAAAAUAGAGAUGUCAGGGGAUAAUUUAGCAGCUGUGUUACAUGGGCCAUUGGAUGUUAGGUUUGAAAAAAUACCUAUACCAGAGCCUAGCCACAAUGAGGUGAUGCUGUGUAUGGGGUCAGUGGGUAUCUGCGGGUCUGACAUAAAGUACUGGCAAACGGGCAAGUGUGGAAGAUUUACCGUGGAAGCUCCAAUGGUGAUGGGUCAUGAGGCUGCAGGCACUGUCGUAAAGGUUGGACCUGGUGUACAUGAUCUCAAAGCUGGUGACCGAGUGGCUGUAGAGCCCGGUGUUCCAUGUCGUACAUGUCACCUGUGUAAGACCGGUAAAUACAAUCUGUGUAAAGAUGUUUCCUUCUGUGCCACACCUCCUGAUGAUGGUAACAUGUGUAAGUUCUACAAACAUCCAGCAGAUUUCUGUUUCAAACUACCUGAUAAAGUUAGUCUUGAUGAAGGGGCCAUGUUGGAGCCCCUUGCAGUUGCAGUGUACAGCUGUAAAAGGGGAGAGGUGGGACCAGGAAGCCAUGUGCUGAUUUGUGGAGCAGGACCUGUAGGAAUCUUGGCAAUGAUGGUAGCCAAACAGAUGGGAGCAACGUCCGUACUUCUUACAGACAUAUCUGAAAACAGACUAGCUGUUGCAAAGUCACUGGGAGCAAGUCAUGUGAUCAAGGUCAGCACAGAUGACCCUAAAGAAUUAGCCAAUCAGAUAGAGGCAACUAUGGGAUGCCAGCCUAAUGUCAGUAUUGAGUGCAGUGCUGUGGAUUUCAGUUUCAGAACAGCUAUUUAUGCAACAUAUCCUGGUGGCAGCAUUGUAAUGGUUGGCAGGGGAUCGUUUGAUGUAACUAUACCUUAUACCAUUGCAGCCACUAAAGAAGUGGACAUCAAGGGCAUUUUCAGAUAUGCGAACUGUUACCCCGCUGCCCUGGAGUUUGUAUCGUCUGGAGCUGUUGAUGUUAAAUCUCUGAUCACACAUCACUUUCCAUUACUGGAUACAGUGGAAGCCUUCAAAACGGCCAAGUCUCCAGAUAGUAAUGCCAUGAAAGUUAUCAUUCAUUGUGAUCAAUAAUGUAGUAUUAUUGUCUGUUGUGAUAUUUGUACAAGUGAAGAUUAAAAUGUGUAAGUUUAAAUGGGAGGGUGAAGUGAUAUAUCGUUUCUGGCUGUGGUAUACAGGUAUGUUGUAAGAUGGACAAAAUAACGAUGAGCCAUAACAAAAUAAUCUCAUCUUGAUUUAGGAUUUAACCUUGACCUUAAACAGACAUGACUGAAGGCAGUCUGAAAGACAGCUAUAUCCCCUGCCACUGUUAUGGAUAGUGCAAGGGUUGAUGGUAUUGGGUGGAAGCAUUGAUGUUAAGUGUAUUUUAUAGUUCAUGUACGACAACACCAAUGAAUUUGAAAAUCCUUCAAGGAGUUUAGGAGAUACAAAGCCCACACAAAAUGGAAGGCUCAAACCUUUGACCUUGAGUUGUGACCUUGACCUUGAGCCAACAUGGCUGACUCAGUUCUUCAAAUCGUCUUAAUGAGGUGAUCAUUUGACCCAAGUUUUGUGAAAAUCCUUCAAGGGGUUUAGGAAAUACAGAACUCAAACCUCAGACCUCGAGUUAUGACCUUGACCUUGAGCCGACAUGGCUGACUCAUGAGUUUUAAACAACGUCUUGAUUAGGUGAUCAAUUGACCAAAGUUUCAUGAAAAUCCUUCAAGGGGUUUAGGAGAUAAAGAGCGGGCACAAAAUGGAAGGCCCAAACCUUUGAACUUGAGUUAUGACCUUGACCUGGAGUCAACAGGGUUGAUUCACGAGUUCUGCACAUCGUCUUGAUGAGGUGAUCAUUUGACCAGUUUCAUGAAAAUCAUUCAAGGGUUUGAGGAAAAUACAAAGAGGACACAAUGUUACAGAUGGACAGAGGGUCAGACAGUAUCCCCCCACCCCAAACCACUCGUGGUGGGGGAUUAAAAAGACCAAAAGACCCAGCAAAUUAUUCUGAAAUAGUGCUGUUUUCUGAGAAGAAUAUUUUAUAAGUUUCUGCUAAAUACCUGGAGGCCAUGUUUUUGAUGAAUUGGAAUAAAGCAAACAAGCUUGGUAGAGAGUUACAUAUGGACCACUUGUGUUAAAUUAUUUUAAAAUUGGACUUGCUCUUUCGGACAGAUUUUUAAAAAUUACUCUGUAUAAAUGUAGGAAAAAGUUACCACACCCCCAAUGUUUUUUGAUGAAUAAUAAUAAUUUAAAUGCUUUUGGUAGACAGUCAAAUAAGGUUCAUUUGCGUUUUAUCUUUUGGUCAGCAGUUUCAUAUAAGAUUUUUCACUAUAUACAUAAAUCGAAAAGCGACCACACUCGCUAGCAGCCAUGUCUUUUUGACUAAUCUGAAUAAUCAUGUCCCGACUUUAAAAUCAUUUCACACAAUUGGUCCUUGUGUAACCCUCUAACAGGUUUGUUUGAAUAUUUCCGAUACAUCAAAAAACAUGGCCUCCAGGGGGGCAUGGUCACUUUUCCCUAUAUAUCUAUAUUUGAAACUUUGAUCUAAAUUUCAUAAUGGCAAACAAUUUAUCCAGGUUUCAAGUAGAAAAUAUAACCUCGAAAUAGCAAACAAGGUUUGAACUCUCAACAGUUUUGUUGAGGCAAACAUUCCUGUCAUGUUUCAUCACAACUGUGCCAAAAUAAAGACCUGUAGUGUGUUAACAGCAAAACAGAAUGAUGACUGCCAGGCGCUCCACCUAUAUUAAUAGCUUUGGGUAACAGUACAUGUCAUUUAAACAUAAAACACAACUGAUGUUCAUGAUGAGAUUUAAUUCUCUAACAUGAUAAUACAGCUACAAUAUAAAUAAAUAACUUAUGGACGGAAUGUUUGAAUCAUUUCUUCAACACUUAAUUUGGAUAUCAGAUCACUUAAAAAUAGCUUCAGCUACUUACACGUGUACAGUCUUUUUGUACCCUUUUAAAGAUACAUGAUUUCUGAUUUGUUACAAAUUUUAAUUGUGCUUCUUGCACAACAAUGUUAAAUGCAAUCAAUGCUAUGUCAAAAGAUGAAUAAACUUAAUUACAACUGCUGACUGGCAAACUAAUGUGUUUUCAGAUUAUCAAUGUUAUCACUUAAAGGGGAGAUAACUAAGUCAGUCUUUAUAUCAUUAAAAGUCAUUAUCACUAUC